UGAGGGAGAAAGGGGCAGGGCUCAGGCUGUCCUCACUAGCCCGCAGGGGUCUCCAUCUGCCCCAGGACCCUUGCACAGGAGCCCCUUUGAAGCUGGUAUUGAUGGAACUCAGUCUCAGGGGAGCCUUCAGAGACCCAGAGUCCCGGGUGGGCCUAGGGACAGCAGAUGGCUGAUAGUCAGCUGGAGAGACAACCAGCCGGGCAGCUGGGAGUGGGGGUGCAGGCCCGGGAAGGGGGAAGUUGACCUCAUUGUGCACCCUAGUGCAGCCUCGGGCCUCAGCCCAGCUUCCUCGAGGGUCACCUGACCUCCCUCAGCACUCCGGCUGCCCCCCUGCUCUGCUGGGUUCGUGACUGCAUGCUGGGCGAUGUUUCCGGAGGCAGGCUGGGUGCUGGGGCUGCUGACGCACUUGCUGCCCCCCCAGCAGAGCUGGGUGUGAAGAGAGCCCCCCGUCUCCCUUUCCCGUAAAUGAUCUCAGCCCCGGCCUUGGAGGGAUUCUAAGAAAUGGAAGCUGCGCACCUGCUGCACGCCCACAGGCUGGGAAGUCCUUCCCGUGGGUGUGGGCAAAUGCCCUCCAUGUCCAGGCAGCUCAGCUCAGCCGUGGGGCCUGGGUGCAGGGUUCAGAGCGCAAACAGAGGGAGUUCCAGAGACACCACAAUCUGGGAGUCAGGUCACCUCCCGGGCCUAGGUCAGCUCUUGGGGACCAUCUGUGGCUCACCAAGUGUCAGCCCUUAGAGAACAUCCAAGCCAAGGCCCAGAGAGGGCAGGGACUUGCCUAGUGUUACACAGCAAGCCAAUGGGGGUCCAGCUGAGACUCUCUGUGGGCCUAGGGCACAAAGCCUGGGGUUGUCUGUGUGCUGUCUCGUCCACGCCUCCAGAAUGUGAAAAAGUACAGUCUAGGGCUUCAGGUGAUGACUGCCGUCUGGAAAGGGGCAUCAUAUGAGGCUCUCCUGUGGAUCUGGUGGACAGAGAAGCCAGGAGCAGAUUGCACGAGUGAGGGCCGCCAGUGGUCUCCACACCACAGCCGCCCCUCCAGUCCUGCCAGCUGGGAAGACAGCUGGCACUGAAGGUGCCUUGGCUCUUGGCUCUGGGAUUUCAGGCAGGGGGUGCCACCCCUCUGAACUCAUUCCUCCAUCUGUAUAGAGACGCCCCGACUCCAGGGGGUGAGUGUAGGGCUUCUCUGCGAGUGUGUGAGGAGUCAUCAGGAUUUCAGCCAGGAUCCUGCUGUCCCUGCCAGACUGUGAGCUGGGGUGGGGACUGGACUGUUGCUCUGGGGAGCUCCGACUACAUGUGCAGUAGAGGCUUUUGCAGCCCUCGCUCAGUGGGCAUCCACACGCAUGCGUGUGCGUGUGUGAGUGUGAGUGCGUGUGUGUGUGCACCUGCAUAUCCAGCAUCUGGGUCUGGCCUGUUGUGGAAACGCGUCCCCAUGCAGGGCGGGUGGACCUGUGCUUGUGCACACGUCUGACAUCUGUGUAUUUGCAUGAUGUCUCUGUGUGCUUGUACUUGUGCACCUGUGGGCGUGAUUGUGCAUACCCACAGCGGCCUGGCCUUAGUGGACAAGAGCCUGGAGCCCUGGGCACUUACCUUGUGUCUGGAGGCCAUGGGAGCUGACCCCUGGCUCUCCAAGUUAGGGCACCACCUGAUCGCUGAAGAGGUAGAUUACAAAAACAGAGGCCAGGCCUGGAGAGGGCCCUGGACAUAGCCUCUGGUUACAUCCAGGCCCUCCUCUGCUGUCGCCUCCUAAAGCAAGCAGCCUGCUCUUCCCAGCCAUGUGCUGGGCCCAGCUGGCCCUUCCUUCCCCCACUGUGCUCCACCACCCCCUUCCAAGGUGCAGCAGCCUCCUUGCACCUGCACAGGCACCGCAAGCAGCUUUUGUGCACACCCCACCUGCCUCGCACUGGCUGUGCGCAUUAUUCUCUCCAAGCCCCAAGACAGGGGUUCUGGAAAGAGCCCCAUUCUACCAACGAGGAAACUGAAGCUCAGAAAAGUUGAGGACUCCCUUGAGGUUAACAGCAAAUAAGUAAGGAUCAGACACAAGCAACUCCAAAGCCAGGUCCUUUUCCACCAGCCACACUGCUUCAUAUUUCAAGCCACCUAAGCAGCUAUGCUUUGCUGUGCUGACCUUGUACCCAUCACAGAGGGGCCUCUGGGUCUGGGCACCUCCCAUCUCCCCAUGGCUUACAGGAGGAGACCCAGGGCUCAGGAAAGAGUCUCCUGCCCACCUGAUAUGGACCAUCAGCUCAGCCCUGCUCCAGCCAGAGCCACAGUUAGGCUGCGAAACCUCCAUGCCUAUCCUGGAGGGUCUGGGAAGCCCCUCCAGCCUGCUGUCAGGCAGCCUGGCCACGGCCCCACGGAGGGGAUCAGCACCCAUCCACAGCCGGCAACUCUUCCCCGGGUCGUGCUCCCACUUGGUGAGGGCCUCUGUUUGGGAGACCAUGUGGCUUUGAUUUAAAUUUCAUCCUGGAAAAACAAUGGUUUGGAUUAAGGGAAGAAACAGUUGUUGAAGUGUCAUGAAAAUAAAAGGACGGAGAAGGGGCCCUGUCGCAAAAGCAGCCCCAAACUUCCAAAACCACAUUCCCGAGGCCUCUCUGGGCCUGCAUCCUGCUGUGACUUCCUAGCCAGCAGCUCCUAGCCUCUCUGGUGGCAGGAGGCUUCUUGUGGGGGCCGUGUGGAUAGCCCACUGGUACCGCUCCCUCCUCUUACAAGUGGGGAAACUGAGGCCUGGAGCACCUUGCUGGCAUCUAAGGAGCCCAGAAGGGAUUGAGGAGAAGGGCGUGAAGCUCUGCUGUUUCCUGUCUGUUGGCCAGGACCUCGGCCUCAGUCUCCCCACCGAGAAAGAGAAGAAUGGUGAAAUCAUCCCCGGAUCAGGAAGCUCGGUGAAGACCAGCGUGCUCAGCCCUGACUUCCUGACCUGGACUCACACUGGGCUCCUUGCCCAGAACAUCUCACACACCACGCAACAGUCCCAUCUCACAGAAAAGCUGACAGAGGCUCUGAGAGGCUGGGAUUCGCCAGAGUCCCAGGCUAGGAUGUGGCAGUUGUGCCUCAACACCAGGUUCCUGUCCCCUACAUACACCCCGCCCCUGGGCUGGGCCCAACCCCUGUGCUGAGAGGCUCAGGCCAGGAGAGCCUCCAAGGGGAUAAUGAGACCUGAGCAGCAAGAACUGGAACAAUCUGGAAACCGCCCCCAGCUAGGAAGGACUGACACUGAGGAGAGGAAGGGCAGCGCCUCGACUGUGAAUGACCGUACACGGCCCAGUGCUGUUAACCUGACACUCGGCGACACAGAGCCCAGAGCAGGUGUCUGUCCCCAAGGGGGCUCCACCUGUGCCCUGGGCUCGGUCUCCCCAAGCAGAGGAAGAGGAAUCAUCUGGAGGGCAAGAGGAGCGGCUUUGCAGGGGGAAAGAGGGCUUAGGAUCAGCCCCUCAUCACCAACUCCGGGGAGCAUCGCAGGCCUCAUUUCAGCAGAGCCGGCAGCACAGGACAGAGGAAAAACAACCACAAAGAACUGGCCACAAGGACCCCAGAAGUCAUACUCUUGUUCUUGUUUGUUUGUUUUAUGUUUUUUGUUUCUUUGGUACCGGGCAUCAAAAAAGUCAUGCUUUUCUGCUGUACAGAGGAAAAGACAGGCUGGGGGCUUGGCAGGAACAUUCAAGAACAGCAGUCCCUACGCUGCUGCAGAGGCACACGCUCACCCAGACGGGAGGGAGCAUCCCUCAUGCCUCUCCUCUCCUCUGCUGCCUGUACUCUUUCUGGGCCGUCACCCACCUGGCCCAGGCUGGGUUCCAGGACGUGACAGCCUCUGCCCGCUCCUCCUCACCCCUGCAUCUUUGCACAAGUUCAGCCCCUCCUUGGUCCACAAGGAGCACUGCUCUCCACCCUGCAGGCCAGCUCACGAGAGGAAGAGGAAGAAAAACCGCAGACACCAGCAAAGCAACCGCACACCUGCCACUGUUUCCCCUGGUGGAGUUUCCCUCUGCCAUGGAAUGCAGAGCCAGUCUGGCAAGGAAAUCAAUCUGGGGACGGGGCAGUGUGGCUUGGGGUGACUGGGGCCCAGGGGUACCGGUGGGCAGUAUAUUGCUGAACUCAGUGCCAUUAAUUCAUUCACCAUCAACCUUGAAAAGUGUCAGAGGGGUAGAGAGAUCCUGGUCUAGUGCUGCUGGCUUGCUGUGUGACCUUGAACCUGUUGCUUGCCAUCUGUGAGCUGUCAUCAAUGACCUACGAGACUUGGCUCCUUCAAUAAUUCUCAACUUUAGGUGCACUGGGGAUCUUUCAAAACGUGCCCUUAGUUAGGUCCCUGCAGUGUAUGCCUGGACACAUCACUUUGCUGCUCUGUGCCUCAGUGUCUCCAGCCGCGCCUUCCCUGCAAGGACUGAAUGACCUGGUGUGUAAAGUUGCCCCACCUGCAGAGGAGGGACGAGGCACGCAGCUGUGGAAGCAGGGGCGGCAGCUUCAGACAGUGGCCCCUGCUGACCAUGUCCCCGGGCUCAGAGGGGCUGUGGUGAGCUUGACCGGGCUCUCCUGGCACAGAAGCUUCCCCACCUGCCCGGCCCCCGCUGCUGUGUCCUCCUGGGGUCCCACGAGCCAGUGUGGUGGGGGCCGCAGGCAGCCAGCUCCCCACGCGGUAGGGGCUGUGUGGAGAGAGGAGCGGCUGCCCAGCCACGCCUGCGAGCCCCACGGCCGUCCAUGCUGCAAUUCCACACUGGGAGGAGGUCCUCGGCCCUAGGGCUCCCCUGCCCUCCCCACUGCCUGCUGCGUCCCGUGGACCACAGAUGGCCGUGGCACUGGGGGUGACACCGAGAGCCUGCGGAGGAUCCCAUCUGGGUUCAAGUCCCAGCCCUGCCACUUGCUGGGGUGUGAUUUUCCCCUGAAACCUCGCACGGCAGGGGCAGACUGGUGGUGACUGGGCUGGGCCCACAGCUGGCUCCCUGCUAGAGCUGGGCCCUGUCUGUCAAGGAGGGCCAGGGUAUGUGACCUGGACUGGUGCACCUGCCUCCCCUGCUCCUCCCUCCUCUCUCUCUGCUUCCCUGCAGCCAUGCCAUGAGUCGCUCCCCUCUGCCAUGCUGUCCUGACUUGGAGCCGGCCCACAGCGGACUAAAACAUGAGCCAAAAUAAACCUCUCCUCUUUUAAGCUGUGGGUGUCCGGUAUUGUGUCUCCGUGAUGGGAAAGGUGACUAAGACAGGCUGUGUGACCUUAUGCAACAUACUCAACCUCUCUGUGUUCUAGUUUCCUCAGCCAUUAAAUGGGAAUGAAAAUUGAGUACCUACCC